UUUCGUAGUUAAAACUGGAAAUCAAUUUGUGUGAGUAAACACUUUUAAAGACACGUCAGAAAUCGAAAGUUGAUAUAAAUUUGAAAGGUUUACGUAAAUUUUGUUAUUAAGAUCUACAAAUCAUCAGGUUUCGGAGGAAGUUGGUGUAUUACCAUUGGUUGAUUAGACAUGAGAUUGAUCUCCUGGAGGAUUCUGGAGAUAAUCAAUGGCAUAGUUCUUUAUUCAGAAUACUCUGCUUUUUUCAUAACAAAAACUUACACAUUUUCAUGAACCGUUGACAUGUUUGAAACUUUAGACUAAUAUAAAUACUAUGCCAGCACACCAAUUAUCACAAUCAAAUUUCAUUAUUUUUAUGCUGAGAACUGAUACACAAUGAACAAAUCAAACACAACUUGGACAUUGAGUAUGUGUGUAUUUAUACUGCUGUGUCUACAUGUUAUAUCAGGCAACCCUGAUAAGGUAUUCCUCAAUGAGGUACAAGUGUUGACUCUCCACCAUGGACAGAUGACGCAGGCUAGGAGGUCUUCUCCAGUACCGCAGUUGAAGUGCCUGGGUGGCACUGCGGGAUGCACAGCGUUUAAACCAAACGUUGUUCAAUGCUAUAACAGGGGAUCUGAUGGCUAUGAUGUCCAGUGGGAAUGUAAGACCGACAUGGACAACAGUUACAGGUUUGGUAAAGUAGAAGUGACCUGUGAAGGAUACAGUUAUCCAGAAGACCCAUUCAUCCUGAGGGGGUCAUGUGGGUUGGAGUAUACAAUAGACCUAACAGAAGAAGGCAUUGCAAGAAAGAACUCUGGUAAUCAGGGCAACCACCACCAGCAGCAGCAUCAGUAUUAUGAUGAUAGCUACCAUCACAGGUCCCAUGUUAGCGACGGGUUGGGGAAGAAAGUCUCCAGCAUUGUAUCGGACCUUUUCUACCUGGCUAUUAUUGCCAUUGUUAUCUACGCCAUCUACAAGUUUUGCAUCGCCUCCCCCACCACCGCCCACCCUGGGGAUCCCCCGCCCUCCUAUGACGACACCUAUCGUCCCCAUGGCAACACUGCGCCUCCACCGUAUGGCUUCCGACAAGAUUACAUGCCUGGGGGUAACAGUGGAGAUUCUUGUUCAUCAGGGGCAGGAUACUCUGGCAGUCACACCUAUACAGGGGCUGGGGGACCCUCCACAGGGGGUGGAUUCUGGUCUGGGGCCUUCACAGGGGGAAUGCUGGGCUACUUACUUGGGAACCGAAACAACACCUACGCAGGGUACCAGAGGCCACACACAGGGUGGUGGGGAGGCAGUAGCAACUGGGGCACUGGGUGGGGAAAUAACUGGGGGUCAGGAACCAGGACAUUCACUGCCCCAAGUGCGGGUUCAAGCUUUUCUGCUGGAGUUUCGUCUGGAACCAGGACUGCAUCUGGCUUUGGUGGUACCAGAAGACGGUAAACAACGCUGUGGAAUGGAUAUCGUUCUUAGAAGAUACAGGAUAUUGUAUAUACCAGAUAUUUAAAGUGGAUAAAAGACUUGCUUCAAGUUUGAUGUUAUUAGAAGAUAAAAGAUGUAUUUGAGCCACACUGUGCGAAAACAGAGCUUAAUGUAUAAGGGUUAAGUGUUGCCUGAAAGAAGCCUUUGCGAAGUCUGCACAGGCUUAUCAGGGAGGAUACUUUCUGCUUUUAUGGUAUAAAAGAAGUCACAUAUAACCAAAAAUCCAGUCUAGGCGGAAAGUAUUGUCCCUUAUUAGUGUGUGCAGACAGAACAGGCUAAACUGGGAGAACACUUGAUGCACAUGAAUUAAGCCCCAUUUCGACUAGAGCCAGGCUUAUGAAAGUUAAAAGUUGAUAAAAUAUUUGCUUCAACAUAGAUAAGUUUAUUAAAAAGAAGACAUUUUAAUGUGCUAUUGAAGUCUCCCGAAUGUGACAAGCAGAACUAUGAAUUUGAAAAAGCUAGCAAGUGCAUUAUUUUUGUUAAUAUAUACAAACUGUAAUCUAUGUGUUAAUUGAUCAUUGCAAGGAAAGAACAUUGUAAACUUUUUGUCAAUUUAAGAUUUUUAAUUUUAACAAUUAUAUUUUUUGGUCAGAUUUUGUUUUGUUUUUGGUCUUGGUUUGUAAUUCCUAAUAACAAGUGUUUUUUUUUCAUAUACCCAUAAUGUAUGUAAUUUUGAGAUAUCUACUCAGUGUAUUUAUUUACUUUAUUUAUUAAUUAAUAUGUUUCUAUAUUUAGUGUUUUUUUUCGUAAAGUAUUAUUAUGCUUGAAGUAUUUUGUGUUUCAAAGUUUGGGUAUAUUGUUUAAUGUUUAAUCACCUACUAGACCUGAACAUCAUGAGCAGUUUAGGGUGUAUAUUCAUAUUGCUGAAGAAAACUGACGCACAUUUUUUGUUUCACUUCUUUUAACAUCAUACUGUUUAAAGCUUGGAAAAACUGAAAAAAAAAUGUGCCUCACUCUGUGAAAACAUGGUUUAAUGCAUAUUCAUAAAGUGUCUUCCCAGAUUAGCCUGUGCAGUCCGCAAAAUCUAAUUCAGGUGGACACUUUAUGUUCAGAAGAGACUUCUUUUAAACUAAACAUGCCAUAAAAGCUGUAAGUGUCAUUCCUGACAAGCUUGUGCAGACUGCACAGGCUAAUCUUUGACGACACUUUAUUGUGCAGACUGCACAGGCUAAUCUUGGACGACACUUUACGCACAUAAAGUAAGCUGUGUUGUCCCAGAACAAUGCUCAAUUGCAAUUUAUGCAUUUCUGAAUUGUUGUGAGAUCUAGUUUUGUUUAAAUUAUGUGCCCCUCUCUGCCCAUGAGUCUAUGUUCUUUAACCCUUUCCCACUCAGAAGCAAAGUGAAAAUGGCUUUGUGCAAACAGCAUAAAACCACAACAGCCUGCGAGUAACUUGCAGUCUAUUCAGGUUUUAUGCUGUUUGCUGCUCAUCAGUAUCUAAGGAUUGGAAAUAAAGCCUUAACAACUUGAAAUAGUAAAAUAGGUGUUAAAUUAAAUAUAACUUUCGAAGGGAUUACAAAUGCAUGAAAAUAAAUAUGUAAGUGGUAAAAGGUUACUAUGAUAUUGUGCACUUGCUCAUAAAAGUCAACAAAAUAACCAAUGAGCAUGGCUCACAUGCCAUCAAAUUCUCUGUAAGCUUUUCAAACAAAAAAAACAAAAAUUCCAGAUUAUAUAAGCUACUUUGCAUUUUAGUCAGUGAUUUGAAAUUCAAUAAAUUGCGGACUGUUAAAAUUUCAACUACUAUGCAUUAUAGUCAGUGAUUUGAAAUUCCAUAAAUUCCGGACUGUUUAAGUAUCUACUACCAUGCCUUAUAGUCAGUGAGCUGAAAUUUCAUAAAUUCUGGCCUGUUAAAAUAGCAACUACUAUGCAUUUUAGUCAGUGAUCUGAAAUCCAACAUAUUCCGGACUGUUAAAAUGUUAUUUUUCUAUACGUAUUUGCACCUCAUUGGGAUUGUACUUGUUUUUUACUCGAGAGUGUGAAACUGUUGUACCUCUAAACAUUAAUUUUCUGCAAUUAGAUACACCAGUUUUACACUCAACUCACAAAAUAUUUAUUUGUUGUUAAUACAUUGAAUAAAUUUAUUAAAGCUCAAAACAACA